CGAGCCAGUGUGGCAUUGAUUUCGAGAUUUUUGCAUCCUCCCGAUGAAAGUUCUAACGCUCGCAGUCCUCCUGGGGGUGCUGUGCGCCGAUCGAGGCCACGGCUUCAAGUGCUAUCGGUGUUCGAGUAACAGCAGCUUCGAGGACUGCUCUAAGGUCGUUAGCGCGAUAAAGUGCGAGGAACUGGCGGGGCUCAACGGGCUGGGAGGCACCGCGAUGGCCGGCAUGCUGAACGUUUCGUUCGCCUGCACCAAAGUCAGUCUCGAUGGGCCGUUGGGUCGGCAGUUCAUCAAAACCUGCAUCCCUAGCCUGACGGAGCGCCAGUUCUGUACGCUGCUCACCAACCAAACGCAAACCCUGGUCAGCGGGAUGGCGGUGAAGGAAUGCAAGGUAUGCCACAAGGAACUGUGCAAUGGGGCGCCGGCCACGGAGUGGCGACCUGCGGUGCUCGCUUCGAGUGUGACUUUAACUUGUUAUCUGAUAAGUUUACUACUUUUUAAAUAAAGCCACC